UGGAUCGCGCCUGAGCUGCUCUGAUGCAUCUCGACACGCAUCAAGGUGAAUCACCAUCCCUGGUGACCCCGAAGUGACAGCCGGGGAGCCCUGGCUGCCACCCACGGCUCCUCCUGAGGCACUGUUAACCCUUCGCCUCCCAGCGAUGAGCCGGGAAAGCCGAGGCAGGAAUGCUGGAGCUCCUGCCUGAGAUCCCUGUGGUGGGCAGCGUCCCUGCUUCUCCCAGGCCGGGGCUGGGUCCUUCUCAGCCAGGCCCAGCUCCAGCAAGAGCUUAAAGCCACGUGGGGAAGCUUUAAGCGUCAGGUGCAAAAGUGAGGGAAAACUGUGUUUCUGACCUCAAAGAGGCUGUGGAGCCCUGAUGCGGAACGCUCCAGGGGGCAGUGAGAGGGGACGUGGCGUGCACUGGGAUGCAGAGGAAUUUUAUCCCGGAACGAAGGGAGUUUUGUCCCAGGAUGGAGCGGAUUUUUGUCCUGGGACAGAGGUGUUUGCAAGGACUGAGUGUCCUCCUGGGCUGUAGGCAAUGUGUGCGUUCAGCCCAAGGGUGUUGGUGGUGCUCCUGCAGCCCCCCAGGACCUCCCUUGGCCAAUGACGGCUGGUCCUUGACACCUCCCCAGCCGGGCAGGAGCUGGGUUCGGCUCUGCCCGGGUCCCUCUCCUCUGCCGUGCCCGGCCCCUGGGUGCGGAGCCUGCCCAGGGUGGAGUUAUGCUAAUGCUGCUCCCCAGCCCUCGGCGCAGCCGGUGCCACUCGCCAUCUCCUGCUGGCCACGGGCGACGCUGGCUGAGCCAUGGCCACCGGCCCCGAGCUGCAGCCUGGGCAAGAGAUAAAACGUUUCCUGAAGGAGGACUCGGACGAGGCUGAGCUGACCCAGUUCCUGCGGGAUUGCCCAGCAGCUGACAGCUCCAGGAAGGUGGAGGCCUCGGAGAGCCGGCGGGAGCCCGGCCACCCCUUGGGCAGCGGGGCCAGGGUCUCCCCAGACGAAGGCAGUGACGAGAGGGACGCCAGGAUUUUCUCCCGCUCCCGGCCCGCGGAUUUCCAGCAGCACAUCGCCGCCCCCCCGCCCCCCAGCCCCAACCGCCCGCGCAGCCCCUGGGGACAGCUGGACCCCUACGACUCCUCCGAGGAUGACAAGGAGUACGUGGGCUUUGCCACGCUGCCCAACCAGGUGCAUCGCAAGUCGGUGAAGAAGGGCUUUGACUUCACCCUCAUGGUGGCAGGGGAAUCCGGGCUGGGCAAGUCCACCCUGGUCAACAGCCUCUUCCUGACAGACAUGUACAGGGACCGCAAGCUGCUCAACGCUGAAGAGCGCAUCACGCAGACAGUGGAGAUCACCAAGCACGUGGUGGACAUUGAGGAGAAGGGGGUCAAGCUGCGCCUGACCAUCGUGGACACGCCGGGCUUUGGGGACGCUGUCAACAACACCGAGUGCUGGAAGCCGGUGGCCGACUACAUCGACCAGCAGUUCGAGCAGUAUUUCCGUGACGAAAGUGGCCUCAACCGGAAAAACAUCCAGGACAACCGAGUGCACUGCUGCAUCUACUUCAUCUCGCCCUUUGGCCACGGGCUCCGGCCCCUGGACGUGGAGUUCAUGAGAGCUCUGCACCAGCGCGUGAACAUCGUGCCCGUGCUGGCCAAGGCUGACACCCUGACCCCCGCCGAGGUGGAGCGCAUGAAGAACAAGAUCCGGGAGGAGAUCGAUCACUAUGGCAUCCGCAUCUACCAAUUCCCUGAGUGCGACUCGGACGAGGAUGAGGAGUUCAAGCUGCAGGACCAGGCACUGAAGGAGAGCAUCCCCUUCGCCGUCAUCGGCAGCAACACGGUGGUGGAGGCCAAGGGCCGGCGCGUCCGCGGGCGCCUCUACCCCUGGGGCAUCGUGGAAGUGGAGAACCCGUCCCACUGCGACUUCGUGAAGCUGCGCACGAUGCUGGUGAGGACGCACAUGCAGGACCUGAAGGACGUGACGCGGGAGACAGGAUAA